UGAGUCAGGUAGAUGUGCGGAGGAGACGGGCCUGACGGGUUCAGUGAGGGAAGCGUCUGCAGAGAGGAGACCGACUGAUGCACAGCACCGCCUGGUUCUGAAUCAGUGCAGGGAGAAGAUCUUUCUUUAUCCACGUCCACCUCCCACUCUCCUCAGUCCUCCUCUGCACUGCUCCACUGUGUCGCCAUGGACAUCGGUGGCCUGACGACAGUGGUGGCCAACUCUGCCUACAUCUCGGCCCGCGGGAGCUUCGACGGCACCGCCAACCCCGCCGCCAACAGGGACAAGAAGUACCGCUCCCGCCUGAGGCUGCCGCACAUCACGGUGUGCGAGGGCCUGCAGGAGACUCUGGAUCUAGGCUUCCACACGGUGUGCACGGAGCAGCCCAUCGGCAAGCGCCUCUUCCAGGAGUUCCUGGACUCCAACGGUGAGUAUAGGGGCCCGUGCCGCCUCUGGAAGGACAUUGAGGAGUACAACAUGGCCGAGGAUGAGGAUCGCGGGAACAAAGCCAGCAAGAUCCUGUCUCGAUACAUGGAGCCCGGUGCCAAGUAUUAUUGCCCCUUCCUUCCUGAAAAUGGCAUCACAAAGGUCAAAGAGAAGCACAAAGAGGCCGGAGACGACCUCUUCAAUGAGACCAUGGACAGCGUGAUGGACUUUCUCAAGGAGGUGCCCUACAUGUUCUUUCUGGAGAGCAUGUACCUGAAGAGGUUCCUGCAGUGGAAGUGGCUGGAGACGCAGCCCGUGGAGGAGGACUGGUUCCUGGACUUCCGCGUGUUGGGGAAGGGGGGGUUCGGGGAGGUGUCGGCCUGUCAGAUGAGGGCCACGGGGAAACUGUACGCCUGCAAGAAGCUCAACAAGAAGAGGCUGAAGAAGAGAAAAGGCUACGAGUCUGCCAUGGUGGAGAAGAGGAUCCUGGCUCGGGUUCACAGCAGGUUCAUCGUGUCCCUGGCCUACGCCUUCCAGUCGAAGACCGAGCUGUGUCUGGUCAUGACCAUCAUGAACGGAGGAGACCUGAGGUAUCACAUCUACAACGUGGAUGAGAACAAGCCAGGGUUUGAGGAGCCCAGAGCCUGCUACUACGCUGCACAGAUCAUCCAGGGCCUGGAGCACCUGCACCAGAAGAGAAUCAUCUACAGGGACCUCAAACCUGAGAACGUGCUGCUGGAUAACCAAGGUAACGUUCGUAUCUCUGACCUUGGACUCGCUGUGGAGCUGGCUGACGACCAGCUCAAAACCAAAGGCUACGCUGGGACUCCGGGUUUUAUGGCCCCAGAGCUUCUGAGGGGGGAGGAGUACGACUACUCCGUAGAUUAUUUUGCCCUGGGGGUCACUCUUUACGAGUUCCUGGCUGCCAAGGGCCCCUUCAGGACCCGAGGAGAAAAGGUGGAGAACAAGGUGGUGAAGAAGCGUAUUCUGAACGACCCAGUGAUGUAUCCAGAGAUGUUCUGUGAGAAGGCCCGGUCCAUCUGUGACGCCCUGCUGUGCAAAGAAGUCAACAAGAGGCUUGGCUUCAAGGACGGAUCGUGUGACGAGCUCAGGGCACAUCCCUUCUUCAGCCAGAUGAACUGGAGGAAGCUGAAUGCAGGGAUCCUCACGCCCCCGUUCGUCCCAGACUCCAAGACAGUCUAUGCCAAGAACAUCGACGACGUCGGGGCCUUCUCCACCGUUAAAGGUGUGCACCUGGAAGACAGGGACAGGGAGUUCUUCGACGAGUUCGCCUCGGGGAACAUGGCCAUCCCCUGGCAGGAGGAGAUGAUUGAGACGGGCGUCUACGGGGAGCUCACGGUCUGGGGCCCUGACGGCGCGUUGCCCAAUGACCUGCGGCGUGAGUCCAUCCUGGAGCAGCCGCCCAAGUCGUCCACCUGCACAGCGUCCUGAGACGCUGCGGCGCACAAACCAGCUUCAAAACCUCAGCACUGCUUUGAGGCGGACUGAAGAUGAGACACCUGCACUGUCACCUGAACUUUCCCUUUCUGGCCAGGUUUUUGCUGCUGUAUGAUGCUGCACUGCACAAUAAUGUUUAAGGUUUAUGCUGAUUUCUAUAGUGCUCUGUAUCAUGCAUCAUUCAGUGGUCUGAGUGCAUGUUCCAGCGUGAAUAAGCUGUAAGUAAUAGAUGACCAGGCGCUGGUGCCUGAUAGGUCUGAGGCCUCUUAGACGCAAUAUUUUGUUAUAUUUAUUAAUAUUUUUGAAAGCAAAGUUUCUGCACGUGCUGAUGUUUUUAACAAUGUUUCAAAUCAGGUCCUUUCAGUUAAACUGUCUUAUUUUGCUUCCAACGAUUACUGUAAAUAAGCGUGUGUUCACUGGUGCAAAUUUGUUUAUACCUUCAAAUAAAAACGUUG